AUGAUCAUGGUGGAAUUCGACCGAUCCAACAACAAUUCCCAACGACCAGCAGCAGGCCACUACUCGACGGCUCAUCAGCCUCAUCACGGCUCGCCGCAUCUGCACCACCUCGAUCGCCCUUCUGCACAUUCGACUCCGUCGCCGCCCUAUCAGUAUGCAGCCUUACCUCACCUCGCUGCUCAACCGGCCUCCCAUUCCAUGAGGCAGACUCCAACCUCCUAUCCUUCUCCCGCCUCUUAUCCAUCGCCUUCAAUGUCAGCGGUGGCGUAUCCCUAUCCUCCUCAGCAGGCUCCUCAGCCAUCGUCGCGGGGGUCGCCGUACGCUCAGGCAUCGACCAUCAACCUACCACCAAUCAGGUUGAACCCACCCGCUUCUCAGCACGCGCAGCCACCGCAGCAUGAGGGCUCUCCUCAUCUCGGUUCUCCACUGCCGCCACCUAUGCAUGGCUACUACGCUCACGCGCUACCUCCUCCGGCGGUUUCCCACGCGCAUAUCACGUCUUCGCCCAUCCACCAACCACACCAACAGCCACUUCGGUAUCCCCUACCCUCCGUGGGAAACCAGGAACGCAUCAUGUCCGGUGGUAGGCACAAGAAGGAGAUUAAGCGCCGGACGAAGACUGGCUGCUUGACCUGCAGGAAGAGGAGAAUAAAGUGCGACGAGGGCCAUCCUACCUGCAAGAAUUGCCAGAAGAGCAAACGUGACUGUCUGGGUUACGAUCCCAUCUUCAAGUCACAGCCCGGGCCUGCAGCCAUUCAACCGGCUCCAUCGGGAGGUUCUACUUCCCUUCCCCCCAUGUCUGGGUCUCCCAGCUCCUAUUACCCCAUGUCCUCGGUCGGACAGAACUAUCAGACACUCUCGACAGCAAGCUCGCCAGCUUCCUCCUGCGACCUGUAUGACUACCCACAGAUAGAUCCCGCCCUUGACUCGGCUACGAGCCACCCCCACAAUUCGGCACCACCUAGUCUUCCCGACCUCCAGGUGUCCUACCGUCCCGAUCUUAAGAGGCCUCUGGAUCGCACUAGUCCGUUCUCUUCCGCUUCUGAUGCCGGUACCACCCGAACGCCAUACACUCCGAUACCACGUUCUGCCACCCCGGGCCAGCACCAAGACAUGCAGGGAAGCACCGCUAAGCGCAUCAAGAUUGACGAUUUGUUGUCGGUGGGCUCAUCGCAGCCGCUCAGCCCACCAACGAGUGAGCUCGCCACCAAUGUUUCCCCUCCUUCCACUUCGGUCGAGAGUAUGAUGACCAUCUACUUAUCUCGCUACGCGCCCGCGUUGGACCUUUUCCUGGAGGUUCGGUGGUUCAGUGAGAGCGGGUUGCGGACGCUUCGUUCCGACAGCCAGCUGGCGGAGCUCAUGGCGGAGGUUUUCGAGAGGCUCAAGGCUCGCGGGGGAUCUUACUACGAGGAUGAGGACCCUCUGAUCCACAAGAGCAACAGGGAUACGGAUCUCCUGUGGGCUGCUGUGAGGCUCUGUUACGGCACCAGGAUACCGGUUUCGGACAAUCGCCGUGACGAGGAGCUCGGUGCGGAUAGGAUGGAUGACGACGAGUGCACGGAAGCCUACCGAAGGAUCAACAUUCUCGAGAAUUUGGUCUCUCAAAAGUCCGAGUGCACCCCGGCUUCUCCCAGGAUUCCUCCGAGCGACAAGCCUAGUGCGACGGCCAAAGGAAGUCAAUUCUGGUUCCUCUUGGAGCAGCUCUCAACCUUCAAGGCUACCGGUGCGGACGCGGAGGCGCAGGUGUACGGGCUGCUGGAGGAAUGCAGGAUGUACGUGGAAGGCAAGCAGAAUCGAGAGUUACUGCAUGCCAUCGCCGAGAUUCGCCACCUACAUGGCGAGGGAUCGAGGGAGCGAAGCGACGCUCUCAAGGAAUACGUGCAAGCCAUCGCAACCGACAGAUCGUUGCCCAUCGUGCUUCUGGAUCGUCGGAUUGCUGGUCGCGCCAUGGGACGGUGGAUGUCGCCCGUUAGGGAUAUCCCCUUUUGCAUGCCCGCAGUUUGA